GUUCAGAUGCUAUUCUGAUUUCUGACACAUAUUUUAUGUUCACUCGUUUUUCUCGACUCUUCCUUGGCAAAUCUACAAGUCUAGCUUCUUACUCUGUAGCUUCUAUUUGGCAAAUCUUUGUUCUUUUCUUCUGUUCUCAACUGUUGGUCCUUCUUACUCUGUAGCUUCUAUUCUUUCAGCAUAGCAAAGAUUGCCAAUUUGCCACAUAAUAUCAGCUUCUAUUCCAAGUCUCCAAUAUUGCCAUCCAAGUGUGUUCAACUUGGGUUUUGAAUUUUGACUGAUUUCAACGAUCAUUUGUGAUUAAAGUCUCAUGCUUUGAGAGUUUUCUGAAUCUGGGUUUCUUCUCAACAUCUAUUUCGAGAUAGCUUUGUUGCCAUUUUCUCCGUUUCUGAUAUUCCCUUGUAAACAUGAUUGUGUCUGCUCUAUUGACAUCUGUUGGUAUCAACACUGCCCUGUGUGUGAUGUUCUUCGCACUGUAUUCUAUAUUGAGGAAACAACCCAGCAAUUAUGAAGUUUAUGUGCCACGCCUGCUGGCCGAAGGAACUUCUAAGAGGAGAAGUCGUUUCAACUUAGAAAGACUGAUUCCUUCAACAGGCUGGGUUGCAAAAGCCUGGAGGCUUUCUGAGGAGGAACUGCUAUCAUUAUCCGGGUUGGAUGGUGUGGUGUUUAUGCGCAUGAUAACCUUCAGUUUGAAAAUGUUCACCUUUGCUGGGAUUAUUGGUAUCCUUGUGCUUCUUCCAGUCAAUUGUUGGGGAGAUCAGCUAAAAAGUAUUGAUGUUGCGGACUUUGUCAGUAAUUCCUUGGAUGUGUUCACUAUAUCAAAUGUAAACAGUGGCUCUCGCUGGUUAUGGGUCCACUUCAGUGCUGUAUAUAUUGUCACUGGAUUCAUAUGUAUACAACUUUUUUAUGAAUACAAGUACAUAUCUUCUAGAAGAAUUUCUUACUUUUAUUCUUCCAAACCUCAGCCUCAUCACUUCACAAUUUUAGUCCGCAGCAUUCCCACUUCCUCCUCUAGUAGCAUCAGUGACAGUGUUGGGAGCUUCUUUAAUGAGCUUUACCCUUCUACAUAUCUGUCACAUGUGGUUGUUCGCCGAACAAGUAAAAUCCGUAGCCUCCUAAAUGAUGCAAAAAAAUUGUAUAAGACAGUUACUCAAUUACGGUCGGAUCCCACUCAGCAGAAGCAUAGGCGUAGUUUUUCUUCUGGACUUUUUGGCCGAAAAAACAGUGUUAUAGAGCAUUAUGAAAAGAAAUUAGAGAACAUUGAGGAGAAUGUGAGGUUGAAGCAAUCAGAGGCUUCAUUGGCAGGAGAAGAGGCUCGAGCUGCCUUUGUGUUCUUCAAGUCUCGUUUUGGUGCUGCAACUGCUGUACAUUUGCAGCAAUCAGUCAAUCCCACCCACUGGAUUACUGAGCUAGCUCCAGAACCUAGCGAUGUGUACUGGCCCUUCUUCUCUGAGUCGUUCAUGCGAAGAUGGAUUUCUAAGUUGGUGGUUGUAUUUGUGUGCAUUCUUUUCACUAUUUUGUUCCUUAUACCUGUAGUAAUCGUACAGGGGCUUACCAACCUUAGUCAAUUGGAAGUUUUGUUUCCCUUCUUGACAAGUAUCCUAACCAUAAAAUUCGUCAGUCAAAUAGUUACAGGAUACCUACCGAGUCUUAUUCUUCAGUUGUUUCUGAAAUUGGUGCCUCCUGCCAUGGAGUUCCUUUCCUCUAUUCAAGGAUACAUCUCACAUAGUGAUAUAGAAAUGAGUGCAUCUAGAAAAGUGCUGUGGUUCACAAUAUGGAAUGUCUUUUUUGCCACUGUAUUUUCUGGCUCAAUUCUAUCUGUGCUGAGAGCCCUCCUUGAUCCCAAGAACAUUCCUGGGAAGCUGGCAGUUGCAGUUCCAGCUCAGGCAUCAUUUUUUAUUACCUAUGUUGUCACCCAAGGAUGGACAAGCGUGUCAUCAGAACUCUUUCGAGUAAUUCCUUUCAUUUUCAGUUUGAUAACAAGGCCUUUCACUAGUACAGACGAUGAUUUUGAAGUUCCAUCUGCUCCAUACCACAAGGAUAUUCCAAGGGUCCUUUUCUUUGGACUUCUUGGCAUUACAUAUUUCUUCUUAGCUCCAUUAAUUUUGCCCUUCCUCUUGGCCUACUUUUGUCUUGCUUACAUCAUUUUUCGAAACCAGUUUAUAAAUGUAUAUGCACCAAAGUACGAUACAGCUGGGAAAUUUUGGCCUAUUGUACACAAUUCAAUGAUAUUUUCUCUGGUACUCAUGCACAUCAUUGCAGUGGGAAUCUUUGCACUGAAAAAGCUUUCUCUAGCAUCCUCCUUGACGAUUCCCCUACCACUUCUCACACUUAUCUUCAAUGAGUACUGCCGAAAACGGUUCCUGCCCAUAUUUGUUGCAUAUUCUGCAGAGAGUUUGAUAAAGAAGGAUAGGGAGGACCAACAAAAUGAUGCUACAAUGACACAGUUUUAUGAGAAUUUGAUAAGUGCUUAUGAAGACCCUGCAUUGCUUCCAAUUCAUUACUCACCGGACAAUGACAGUCUUCACACUCCCCUUAUAUCUCAAGCUUAAUGCUAAGGCACAAUGUUAUUCAAUGAUGAAAUAUUCAAAUUUCAAGAGCAAUGAGUGAAGUGCAAAAGGUGGUAUUUGUAUAUGCCUGUUUGCAGAUAGAAAAGUUGAAUUCUAAAACAGUAGCCAAUUUUUUCCAGCUUCUUAAAUGAAGAGCCUAAAACUUGCACACAGCACUGAACUUAUAUAUUUGCCCUUGAUCUUGAAUCACUUUCCUUGUUUGUGUAUAUUUGUUCUGAACAUGAUAUGUCAGAGCCAAAGAUGAUUCUUAUUGCUUAAUUGCCACAUUUUGAUAAGGGUUUUUGUGUGUA